AUGGCGGGAUCCUUAACGUGGUCAUGUACUUGUUGCCUGCGGUUCAAGUUCAGCCCCGAGGAGCUCGAGCAGCGUUAUAAAAGUCAAGAAAUUGACCGGAUGUUGGAGAAAGAUCGUCAAACUCUUCGACGACAGGUCAAGCUGCUGCUCCUCGGGGCAGGCGAGAGCGGAAAGUCGACAUUCCUCAAACAGAUGCGAAUUAUUCACGGAAUCAAAUUUGAGCCUGAAUUAAUUAAAGAAUACCAACAUGUAAUUUAUCAAAACAUAAUUAAAGGAAUGAAGGUAUUGGUAGAUGCCCGUGACAAGUUGAAUAUUCCAUGGGAAAACCCUAAAAAUUAUGAUAUUGGUUAUCAGUUAUUAAAAUUUGAAAAUACUAUGAUAUUAGAUGCAAGAUUGUUUCUUCACUAUGUACCAGCUUUACAAAGUUUAUGGAAAGAUGCAUCAAUCAAAAAAGCCUUUGACAGAAGAAGAGAAUUUCAAUUAAGUGAUUCGGUUCAAUAUUUUUUGGACAAUCUUGACAGGAUCGCUAGAGUGGAUUAUGUACCUACACAUCAAGAUAUUUUACAUUGUAGAAAAGCUACAAAAGGAAUUUCAGAAUUUGUAAUACAAAUUAAUAAUAUUCCAUUUCUAUUUGUUGAUGUUGGAGGACAAAGAUCACAAAGACAGAAGUGGUACCAGUGUUUUGAUUGUGUUACUUCAAUACUUUUUCUUGUUUCAUCAUCUGAAUUUGAUCAAGUGUUGUUAGAAGAUAGGAGAACCAAUCGGUUGGAAGAAUCGAGAAAUAUAUUUGAUACAAUAGUUAAUAAUAUGAUAUUUGGUGGAGUUUCUAUCAUAUUAUUUUUAAAUAAAACUGAUUUGUUAGACAAAAAAGUAAGAUCACCUGACACCAAUGUUCGUUGGUACUUUCCACAAUUCACAGGAGAUUCACAUUCCAUGAAGGAUGUGCAGAAUUUUAUACUGGAAAUGUUUAUAUCAGUUAAAAGGGAUCCAAGAAAGCCACUUUUUCAUCAUUUUACUACUGCAGUGGAUACAGAAAAUAUAAAAGUCGUGUUUAAUGCUGUAAAGGACACAAUUUUGCAUAGAAAUUUGGAAUCAUUGAUGCUUCAAUAAUGAUAAAUGUGUAU